AAAUGACAAAACAAAAGUCCACUGAGGGGGGGCAGAGGGAUACUUGGCAUGUCGGUUCGAAAAGGUAACCCGGAAGUGAUUAGCCCUCCACGCUCUCUCGGCUCUGAUUGGCUGAGGGGCGCGCUGCUGCUGAUGUGGUGUUCGGAGCUCAGAACCUGUUCAGCGGAUUCGAACCUGGGAUUCAAGCUCGUUCCUCGGUGCCACGGCCACCAGUCCAACCCAGAAACCAUGCCUUAUUUCCAGACUUGGGAGGAGUUCGCCCGCGCAGCAGAAAAACUGUACCUGACGGAUCCCAUGAAGGUCAGAGUGGUUCUCAAGUACAGACACUGCGACGGGAACCUCUGCAUUAAAGUCACCGACAACUCCGUGUGUUUACAGUACAAGACAGACCAGGCCCAAGACGUGAAGAAGAUCGAGAAGCUCCACGGAAAACUGAUGCGACUCAUGGUGUCGAAGGAGACGCACAGCGGUGCCAUGGAGACUGAUUAAAGAUGCUCUAGGAACACUGAUCUUCUCGAGCACCUGGACUGAGUUCAGAGGACACAGUGAUUGUUGAGAGCACAGCACCAUGGGAGUCUGAGAGAGGGGAGAUGGUGAAGAGGGACUGUGGCGAGGUUGAUUUGCCCACCCACACUUAUUUCAUGCUGUCAGAGAUGUGAUGUAUAAAUACUGUAUAUAUUUUAUUCUCAGGAUUUGUUUAUGAUAAUACAUUCUUAAUCAUGAAAAUCCUGUAAUCUUACUUUUCCUUGUUAAGCAUUUCAAUCACAUCUUUGAUGGUAUUAAUAUUAAGUAGGGAAAGCUUCUGGGGAGUUUUAGGAAAUAUUAAGAUGAGGGAAGGAGUGGGUUUGGGAGAUUGUGGGACAAAAUGUAUGAAAAUGACAAAUCCCCUGCUGCUGUUUAAGCGGAUAUGAUUUUCUAGAGGUUUGCCUUUAUUGCCUUUAUUUAUAAAGGGGAUGAAAGGACGGAUAUUGAGGCCAUCGCAUGUCUCGCCUAAUUACAUCUAUGUUGCAAUUUUAGUUUUUCUUCAUGGACUUGUGCCACAUGGAUGAAGCAGGACCUUCUGUAACAGUGUGGAGAAACCCACGAUUUUAAAGCCCCCAUGCCUCCAAAUGCCAUUUCCUACACAGAAGAUAAUUGCGUUACAUUUUCAAUAAAUGUUUAUUUACCCCAGUA